ACGGUUAAACAGUUGUCGACGCGAGCGCAUUCAAGCACCACGCACCAUUGGUCGCUGUAGAUAACAACCUGAUAAACUUCGGGCCAGUCAACCAUGGCCUGUGCUCACAAAAGAAAUGUAAAAAUCUGGUUCCAUCUUACACUGGUCCCGUUCCUUUGCUUUGCGGAACCGCAAUUAGAUCUGCCUCCAUUACCCCAAGUGUCAACACAACGUAAUCCAUACGGUUUUGGGUUAUCCAGCACCCAAUCUGUAAAUCCACAAGGGAACCAGUAUGAUGUGAAUCGAAACUUUCAAUACAGUACAUCGAGACCUCCAAACUCCGCGACUCCUGGGGUAUACCCGGUUUCCUCCACUCCGUUUAGCCGGAUUAAUCCGGAUAUAAGCAACAACGGAUAUCCGAGCUUAGAUUACGGUAAUGGACGCACCCCGAGUUCUACGCUGCGUCCUUUUGAUGACAGAAAUCGUGAUGAUAGAAUCGAUACAACGAAUGACGCAAAUUUUCGGCGCAAUGAUCCUAAUCUAUCUCGUAAUGAUCCCAAUUAUGUGGGUACGAAUCCUUAUUCGUUCAAUAGAGAUUCUAAUACCAAUACCAUCGAUGAUAGAUUGAACUACGCAACUGUACAACAAGUAAGGGACUUUCUUCAUCGAGCUGACGACCAGGCUUCGAAGGAGUGUACCAAUAAUGUAGCAGCUCAGUGGAAUUUCGAAACUGACGUCAAUGACGCAACGCAACACGCAGCUCUUGAAGCGCAGCAACGGUACACAUUGUUCCAGCGAGGCUUGUGGGAAGCAGCGCAGCAUGUGCCUCGAGGUGCUAUCAGAGAUUUUGGCACAUUCAGGCAACUACGCCUUCUUUCCACCAUAGGCCCCGCUGCUUUGCCUCCAGAUCAGUUGGACAGGUACAAUCGAAUAAUCAACGAUAUGCUGGCUGUAUACAACUCAGCUGAAAUCUGCGCUUAUAACGAGCCAUUUAAAUGUGGCUUGCAUUUGCAACCAGAAUUGCAAUUCAUCAUGUCUCACUCUCGGGACUGGGAUGAGUUGCAGCACGUCUGGACGGAAUGGAGAAGAAACACGGGCAGGCGAAUUCGGGAUUUAUAUGAACAGCUAGUGGAUUUGACCAAUCAAGCCGCGAGAUUGAACAAUUUUACGGAUGCAUCAGCGUUUUGGAUGUUCCCGUAUGAAACACAAAAUAUGAGGCAAGAUGUUGAUGAAGUAUGGGAACAGGUUAAGCCAUUGUACGACUUACUCCAUGCAUACGUGCGUCGUCGUCUGCGUGAAUCGUAUGGCCCCGAACGUAUUUCACGAUCAGCUCCAAUCCCAGCGCACGUGCUUGGUGACAUGUGGGCUCAGAGCUGGUCUGGCAUCGUACCCAUCACUCUGCCAUAUCCUGGCAAGAAACUUGUGGAUGUUACUUCAGAAAUGGUGCAACAGGGUUACACACCUGUAACGACCUUCCAGCUAGCCGAGGAAUUCUUCGUUUCAAUGAAUAUGUCAGCGAUGCCUGAUGACUUUUGGGCGCUGAGUGUGCUUCAGCAGCCAGCGGAUAGACAUAUUCAUUGUCAGCCUUCCGCCUGGGACUUUUGUAAUGGACAUGACUUCCGCAUCAAGAUGUGCACGCACCCUGAUAUGAAGGAUUUGAUAACGGCUCACCAUGAGAUGGCGCACGUACAGUACUUCCUUGCCUACAGAAACCAGCCUAAGGUCUUCAGAGAUGGUGCUAAUCCAGGUUUUCAUGAAGCUAUUGGGGAGACCAUUGCUUUAUCGGUCUCAUCACCUCGACACCUCCAGACUCUGGGGUUGAUCCAGCGUUCUGUGGAUGACACAGCCCAUGACAUCAACUAUUUGUUCACCCAGGCUAUGGAUAAGUUGGCCUUUCUACCAUUUGCCUUGGUUAUGGACAAAUGGCGGUGGGACGUCUUUAGCGGGGAAGUCAGAAAGGAGCAAUACAACUGUCAAUGGUGGAGGCUCAGAGAGCAGUAUGAAGGGAUCAAACCGCCAGUGCUUCGUUCUGAACUUGAUUUUGAUCCCGGUUCGAAGUACCACAUUCCCGCCAACAUACCCUAUAUAAGAUACUUCGUGAGCACAAUUCUGCAGUUCCAAAUUCACAGAGCUCUCUGCUCAAGAACGGGCCAGUUCAUACCAGGGGACCCAUCUCGUCCGCUGCACAAAUGCGACAUCUACCGGAACCCCGAGGCUGGAAGGAUUUUGACGCGCAUCAUGGAGCGCGGUUCCUCUCUACCCUGGUCUCAAGUCCUCCAAGAGACGAUUGGUGAAGGCAAACUCAGCGGUGAAGCGCUCAGAGACUACUUCAGACCACUGGAGGAGUGGCUUCGUAGUGAAAACUUGAGGACUGGAGAAUAUUUGGGCUGGAGCUAUGAUGGAGACUAUUGCAAAUUCAGCAUCGAGACAGCUGGUCUGCAAGUGUAUGGAGGAUUCUACAAUGCAGCCAGUAGCAUUGGGAUCACCAGCUUCUUUACCUUGCUUCUGUCAUCAGCUCUGAUGGUCGUUGGAAUGCAUUGGCGAUAAAA